GUCAAUGAUCUCUUCGGUUCAACAUUGACACAACAGAUUUUUCACCAAUAUGUUCAUAAAUUGGCUCCGGUAUGCCCUGUCGUUGUGUUUCCACCCGGUACGACGUCAGAUUGUGUGCGAAAGACAAAGCCGUUAUUAUUCAUAGCUAUACUAAGUGUCGCUCCUGCUGGGCUGUGCACUCAAGAUCAACACCGACAGCUUGCGCUUGAAGUCAGAAACUUCCUGGCUGAAACUGCCAUCUUUGAAGGGGAAAAGUCGCUGCAGCUUAUUCAGGCUCUUCUUGUUGUGACAUUUUGGUAUAGGGCACCGGAAAACUUUGCCCGAACAAAUCAAAAUCAGCUUGCCUCUGUUGCUUUGUCAAUAGCCAUAGAUCUUGGCUUGGACCGAAUCGAAGGUACAGGCACAGCGAACCUGGCUGGGCUCCCCAGUCUUUCCCUGAUAAUGCGGCGUCCCAAUCCUGUAGUGUGGAAUCCACAGCUCGACAAAUACGUUGAGGAUUUGAGGCAGUCCAGGCUAUCUCCCACUGAUGAAUUCUUCUGCAACCUUCUCGCGACUGAGCACAGUUGUCAUCUUGCGGAUGAACAAUUGUCUUUGAGUGACCCUAGCAAGUCGGUAUCUCUGUGGGAGCCAAACAGAUUGAGCAUUACUGAAACCAUACAAGCCCGAGCUGAUGGGCUAAGCCUUGACCGUCAUAGCCCACUUGAAAAAUCCCUGGUCAAAUUUGGCAGACUAGCCAGUUCACUUUACGCCCACGAGCUAGCUUUGCAUGCCAAUCACAACAUUGACGAAUUCAGAGCGCCCUUUUUCGCGAAAUCUAUCAAAUCAAUUUCUUUCCUCGACACACGGGCUUCAGAUACGGCUUACCUUUCCAUGAUUCGAACUAUCAUCAUGGCUGCACAAGGGCUACUGGAUACUUUUCUGGAUUUAUCAAUAUCCGAAAUGCUUUCUCUGCCACCGCACAUUUACGCUGGCCGUGUAAUAUACGCGGCGACGCUCCUGAUGAAACUGCACAAAGCACUUCUGGCAUCUGCGAGCGAGGUGCAUGAGACUAUUUCCGUCGGCUUAUUGCGCUUGGAAGCGUAUAUUGAUCGACUUGUGCUAGUCUCCAAGCAGCUCAGCGCAGAAGAUCAGCGCAGUUCUCUGAGUAGAGCGUUUUUAAUCAUGCCCCAGUUCAAAGAGUGGCUU